AAAUGGCGACUAGUAAUCGUAUGUGAGGACACGAAGGAACAAAAUUAAAAUAUGAAAGUAAAAGAGCGUUCCCCGGCCAAGGCCAAGCGGUCCCGAGGGGCUGAAGAGUCUGCACGAGAGCGUAGCGGAAAAAAGUUGAGCACUGUAGGUGGCAGUAAUGGAAGCGGUUCAUCUAACAAGGCCUCAGAGAGCAGCGCGGUCCGCCGCGGCCUACACUUGGAAAAGGGCCUGUCCGGCAGCCGAGACUAUGAGCCUUCAGGGAGAAACCCUGGUAUACAUAGCUAUGGCUCUCCGGGAGCAAGCAGCGGAGGUAGCAGCAACAAAGGCGCAGAUAACCGAGGAGGAGCGGGAGGGAGCCGAGGCGGAGAAAUGGAAUACAAGUCUCUGCGAAUCAGUGAGCUCGGCUCCUCGCUCAGUGAUGAAGCGGUUGAGGAUGGCCUCUUCCACGAAUUCAAGAAGUUCGGGGAUGUGAGUGUGAAAAUAUCCCGCUCUGGUGAUGAGCGCGUGGCCCUGGUAAACUUCAGGCGGACUGAGGAUGCUCGGGCCGCCAAGCACGCCCGUGGUAGGCUUGUGUUGUACGACAGACCACUAAAAAUCGAAGCUGUCUACACUACCGGGGGAGGAGGAAAUAAUAGACGGAGAAGCCGCUCCCCUGGUGACAAAGAACCGUAUUCCGGCCUGGCCGCUGCUGUGUCAGGGGUGCCUUCUCACAGACAUCCGCGAGGGUUGUCCCCGGGUGGCCUGGGCUACAGAGACUAUAGACUGCAGCAACUAGCGCUGGGCCGCCUACCUCCCCCGCCACCUCCACCACUGCCCCGAGAACUGGAAAGGGACAGAGACUACAGCUUUUAUGAUGGUAGAGUGCGGCCUACCUAUCCUCUAGAAACCCGGCUCAACUUCAGAGAAGAUGACAUCUCCCCAGAGGAUGACCAGAGAGCCAAUCGCACACUGUUUUUGGGUAAUCUAGACAUUACUGUGACUGAGAAUGAGCUUCGCAGGGCAUUUGAACGCUUUGGAGUUAUAACUGAGGUGGAUAUUAAGCGUGCUGCCCGUGGACAGACCUCUACAUAUGGUUUUCUUAAAUUUGAAAAUCUGGACAUGGCUCAUAGAGCAAAGAUGUCAAUGUCUGGCAAGAUUAUCCUGAGAAACCCUAUAAAAAUUGGCUAUGGCAAGGCCACACCCUCUAGUCGGCUAUGGGUGGGUGGAUUAGGACCAUGGGUGCCAAUGGCUUCACUUGCUCGUGAAUUUGACAGAUUUGGUACUAUCCGAUCUAUUGACUAUAGAAAAGGAGACAGCUGGGCCUAUAUACAGUAUGAAAGCCUGGAUGCUGCCCAAGCUGCCUGCACACAGAUGAGAGGCUUCCCACUUGGUGGGCAGGACCGCAGACUUCGUGUGGACUUUGCUGACACAGAAAAUCGCUAUCAACAACAGUACCUUCAGCCAUUACCUCUUCCUCAUUAUGAUUUGGUGGGGGAUACUUUUGGACAUAGAGCUCCAGAUCCACUUAGAGCCAGAGACCGUACUCCACCAUUGUUAUAUAGAGAUAGAGAAAGAGACUUGUAUGCAGAGACAGAGUGGGUGCCACCACCUGUUAGAGAUAGAAACAGAGUAGCAUAUGAACCACUUGAAACUCUGGAACGCAGGGUAGAUGGUUGGUCUUUGGAAAGAGACCGUGAUAGAGAUGUAGGGACUAGAGACCAGCCCAGGAAAAGGCGGUUAAUUGAUGAAAAUAGACAUUUGGAUAGAUCUCCAGAAAGUGACCGCUCCAGAAAGAGACACUGUGCCACUCCAGAGAGAAGCCCUGAGGGUAUUGGAGGGCGAGACAGCCGUUACAAUGAUACAGAUCGUAUAACUAAUCGUGCUGACCGCCCUUCGCCUGUUAGAGACAGAAGGGGAAGCAUGGAGCGUGGUCAGGGAGAAAAACGUGACCGUAAAAAUUCAAACUCUGUUGAACGAGACAGAAAGCAUCGUCUGGCAGAAAGUAAAAGUCCAUUAAAAAAGGAUGAACGUCCUGAUAAUGCUAGUAAAGUGAAAUCUCCACAAAAGCAAGAUGCGACUCAAAAGCUAUGCAUGGCCUGGCAAGGCAUGCUUCUUCUGAAAAACAGUAAUUUCCCAUCAAAUAUGCACCUGCUACAGGGAGAUCUUGGAGUUGCCACAAGCUUGCUGACCAAGGGAUCCUCAGGAGGGAAGAUAGCACAACUGAAGAUCACACAGCGGUUACGUCUUGACCAGCCCAAGCUAGAUGAAGUAACUCGACGCAUCAAAGUGGCAGGGCCCAAUGGCUAUGCUAUUCUUCUUGCAGUUCCUGGUACCCCUGAGGGAAGUUCUGGGGAGCAAGCAAGUUCAACCCAGCGACCCCUGAGAAACCUUGUGUCUUAUUUAAAACAAAAACAGGCUGCAGGAGUCAUUAGCCUUCCUGUGGGUGGGAAUAAGGACAAGGAGCACACAGGAGUCCUUCAUGCUUUUCCACCCUGUGAGUUUUCACAGCAGUUUUUGGAUUCUACAGCAAAAUCCCUUGCCAAAUCAGAAGAUGACUACCUUGUUAUGAUUAUUGUACGUGGGGCAUCCUAAUCCAUGUUUGUGUUAACUAGCACUGUCAACAAGGUAUUAUGGGAUACAGUAUAAUCAUUUAAUUUUGUUAUUAGUGCAGUCUUUGUGCUGUAGUUUUGUACCCUGCAUAGUAAAGUAAUACCCAAAAUUAAUCUGGACUAAACACUUAAGCAAACACUAUAUUGUAGAGCAUCUAGUUGCUUUACUUAAUUAUUUUUCAUGUAGACUUUAUUUUCAUUGCUACUUUAUUAUAGCUUGACCACCUGCUUUGUUUAUAUUAACAAUUUAUGGAAUAACUAUGUUUUAAUGCAAAAUUUUGUAUCUGUAAAAUCAAAGUACUAUUGUGGUGAGCCUUAGUUUGAAAGCAUAUGAUUCAGUCAUCCUUUAUUUCUGAACUUUAUCAGGCAGCUAAGACGAUAGCAUAGUUUUAGUAGGCAUGUUGCUUAUACAUAUCUCUUGCCGUUUCUUUUAAUGGUAGAUGCAUGCCUGCAUACUUUAAACAUGUAAGAACUGCGCACUCGCUCUGUCUCCCAAACUGAUAAGCUUCUGUGUGGGAGUGUAGGGCAGAGCGUGCAGUUACAGUAUGAUUCUUACACAAUUAGUAAUUGUCAUUCUAAUAGUAGUUGAGAGUAAACUAGGGUUUAACUUUGAGGAAAACAGUUGUUUUUUUUUUUUUUUGCAUCAACAGUAAAUCGGUCAUUAUUCUUCAAAAUCUUAAUAGUAACAGAGGUCAUAACACACAUUAGACUUUUGUACACAGUACCUUGUAUGUUUAUUUUUUCAUUAUUUUGCCAUCCCUGUAUGAGCUUUCCCUACAUCUUAGAUGUUCUGGUUUUUAGCACCAUAUACACUUUUUUUUUGUUGGUGUGUGUGAUCUUUUAUCCUUUAUUUGCAAUGAAACCUUUGAAAUAGAGAAGAAAUUGGCUGUAUAGCUUUUCUGUUGUAGUACGAAUAAAUCAAAAUACAGGUUUAUGACAAUUACAUUAUACUAGAGUACUUUAUAAGUUUGACUGUUUUUCCCUUAAAGUGAUGGUAAACUCUCCCCCUUUUAUAAAAAGCAGAUCUGGAAUGUUAGAUUGUUUAAUCAGUUGUAAUGAAGAUGCGCUGUAACUUGCUUUUUAAUAUAGAUGUGACAUUUUAAAUUCCCUCUCUGCCACCCACUUCAAGGGUUGUCAACAAAAAAAAAAUGUUCUUCAAUUAGCAUUCUUUCCAUUGGGUGCUUUUUGUUGAAGCUAGAGUGCUGAUUGGGCAACAAUUCAAACCGUUGGCUCACAGAAAUAUUGACUUUUGAAGCAGGUGGCAGCGCACAGGGUAUUUAAAUUUCAUAUCUAUAUUAAAAAGUAAGUUGUAAUGCAUCUUCAUUACAAUUGAUGAAUAAACUCCAUCAAAACUAACAUCCCAAAUCUGUUUUUUUUUUAUAAAGGGGAGAGUUUACCAUCACUAAGUCACUGGUUUUCAAACCUGUCCUCAGGCCUCUUAACACAUUUUGAGGAUAUUUGAACUGGAGCACAGGUGAAAUAAUCAUGAUUGGUAAACACGGUUAGUUUACCUGCUCUCAUCCAAGGUAAUCCUGAAAACCUGCCCUUUUGGGGAGGCCUAAGGACAUGUUUGAAAACCAGUGCUCUAUCUGAAGUUUUCAGCAUCUACCAGACAAAAUGUGCAGUUAACUUGUAUAAGCCAUGGGUUGAGCAUAAUUGAUCUCAAUGAAUCCCCAUCAAUUCUAUGCUAAUUUGGAAUCUACCCCUGUUACUAUCCUAUUAAGGUACACCAUUUUUGCAAGUAAAUAGUUAAAUAUAUAUACACAGUACAUUUGAUUUUACAGUUGCUUAAAAUUGUACAAUAGUUUUCCUUAAGAAUAAAUUGUAAUGCUACUUUUUAAUAUCA